AUGUUUUCCUCGUCUUUAACGAGGAUUUCUUUGGCGACAGAACCGAGACGAACGAACGUCCUUUUAUUCUCCUCGUUUUCUCGGAGGAAACGACAAAUCGUCGAUGUCACCGUCGAUGCGGCGAAAGGGAGAAACGCCGGGAUGAAAGGACGAAAUCCGUCGUCGUUGCAACCCGUGCAAAAGCGCGUCGAGAACUCUGAAGACGAAACCACGUCGACGAGUUUUGAGCGAAGAAAAGAGAGCAGCAAAAGAGAAAAGAGACUCCCGAACGUGAAAUACUCCGAACGAACCGGGAAACCGAUCUCGUAUUCAGGCGGGCAAGUUUCCAAACAGUCCCUGAAACGAAUCAAAGAAGCGACCGAAACGACGGCACGAGAGAAAAACGAGGAAAAUGCGAGAAAAGCAGAGGAGAGAAAAAAGUUUCAAAACGCGCAAAAAAAAGCGGUGCCGCAAAUCGUGACCGAUCGAAUGCUCUCGCGAGUCGUACGGUUUAGCGGGAUACCGAUGGUUUUAGGAUUCACGACGGGACCUACGUAUUAUUAUUUCGCGAAAAUUAACACGCAGGAGUGGUUGGAACCUUGGAUGUUUUUCGCGGCGAGCACGGCGACGUUUGGGUUGGCGUUUGUCGGGAUCACGUACGGCGUGCUCUCGGCGAGCUGGGAUCCGAGUAGAGAAGGCUCUGCUUUAGGCGUGGAUGAAUUUAAAAUGAACAUUCCGAUUUUGUUUCAAACGAUUUUAGGGAAGAGCGAUAGAGAGUACACGGCGAGCGAAUUCGACGUCGACGGCGAAGGCGAUUACGAUUGA